AUGGCCUCGGAAUCAGGUCUAGGGAACUUUAGCGUAUUAUCAUACGAUAUCAGAAACUUGAUUUGGUCUAAAGUUUCUAACACAGAGCCCUCGUCGCCUAAGCAAGGCUGUCUAAAUGUUUAUACCAAUCUUCUACGAGCCAGCAAGGGUAUGUACAACGAGAUAAAUGAGUUUCUAUUCUCUGGAUGCGUACUGGAGAUUUUACUGGCCCCGAUAUCAAUACCUCUCUUCAAAAUUUCCCUUGGCCACCUUCCCGCUCAGCCUCUCAGUCACUCUCCGGUCAGGCAAGGCAGGGUCCAAAUCCCCAUAAACACACUUCAUCCUGAGUCUCUUAGCCUCUUCCCCUUCCAUAUACUGGAUCAGGUUGUAGUCAGGCUUGUAUCGCCAUGCGCAUUGGAAAGAGUUGGUGUAUUCUAUAUAUGGAAAAAUACCCAAACCACCGUCAAUGUACUCAAGAGCGCGGGGACGCUGGGUCGUCUCACUCUUUCCUUCCAGGGAGGGCAUCUCAACUUCAAUUCUUCCUACAAACCGAGUUUCGACGGCUUUGACCACAACUUUUUCGUCCGCCCGUUCAACCACCUGCGACAGGUAGCGACCAUCAUCAAAGUGACAACCGACACGGAGGUCGCUGCCUCUGCCAUGGAUUUGGCAACUACCAACAGGACUCUCAGUAAAAAGAACGAGCUAUGGAGCGAGCGGGAAUUCCAACUCGAACUCGCAAAAGACUGGUACAACGUUUGUCUUCUGGCCGGGACUCCAGGUCAAGGAUGGAGCAACUCACUGAAGACUCUACAGCAACUUCAUCAAGAGAUAUUAGUGGAAUGGUUGAAAGAGACGCCGAGUGGUGAACUUGAGUUUAUCAAACAAUUCAACUGGAUAUGGACCAAUUGCCGAGAAGUAAUCUGGGAACUUGACCCUUCACUCUCGCUGUUUACAAAAGCACGCAACGCCUUGAAAUAUAGGGAUUGGGUAACACAUCAACACGGGGCUGUUGGUACCUCUAUCCGAAAGUCAGCUGUCAUGUUGGACGAUCUGGCUGAAGCCAUUGAGAUAGCCUUGGUCGCAUGCUGGAAUUUCAAGCAUGGUCAAAGAUCUAUCCAGGAAAACUCCAAGGAAGGAUCUCAACAGCCACAGCUUAUAUGCAUACGCCAGCGUUAA